CACCACUACCUCGACCACCAUCACCGCCGCCGCCAUUCUCCACUCAACAUGUCCAUGAUUCCCAGGACCGCUCUCCGGGCUUCGCGCCUGCCCAUCGCCCGCCCGGCGACCUUCCGCCGCACCUUUGCCGACACCAAGACCGAGCAGGCCGAGGGAGCCCAGGUGCUCAAGAAGGGCGCGCGCCGCGACCCGGAACUGAUCAUCCUCCUCACCAUCAUGACCGGCGCCUUCGCGCUUGCCGGAUGGCACUUCAGCCAGAACCCGACCACCAACAACGGCGAGGGCCGCGUCGCCAAAGCGCCCAACAGCGAGCCGUGGCACACCGGCGGCAACGCCGCCUACCAAUACCACCCCGGCGGAGACCCCAGCAAGGGCAAGAAGGACGCCCCCAGCGCGUUGAACGAGGUCAUCAUCCCGAACGUGAACCUACCGCGGGAACUACACGAGAAGUACAACAAGUGGGGCAAGGAGGGAUACUAGACGGGAGGGAUCCCACACCGGGACGAAGAGCGAACGUUGUGGACAGGGGAAUACAGGCCGUUGAUAUUUUUUUCCGGGAAGCUGCACCGAGCGAGAACUGUACAGGGAAGGUCGUGUUCU